UAGGUAGAAUACAUACUCGUAAAAUUUGAUGAUGAUGCAAAAACUGCAAAGCUUAGUUUAAGAGCUAUGGAAAUAUUAAGAAUUUUAAAUGAGAAAGAAAAUGAAGAUCCAGACAAUAUAAAAUCACUUUGGAGACCAGAAUAUGGUGCUUAUAUGCUUGAAGGAACUCCAGGAAAACCAUAUGGAGGAUUGUUAGCUCAUUUUAACGUUGUUGAAGCUAAUAUGCGCUAUCGAAGGCAAGAGGCAACAAAAUUACUCCAUCCUAAUGAAGUCUUAAUGUCAUUAACUGUUUUUCCAAGAGUAGGAGCUCCUGAUUUUACCGAACCUCUUACUCAUCCGACACCCAAUAGUGGUGCCUCUAGAAGUUUAUUUUUUCCUGAUGACGCUAUAUAUCCCGGUCAUCCACGUUUCAAGACAUUGACCAGAAAUAUUAGAGAACGACGUCGAGAGAAAGUUGCUAUAAACAUUCCUAUUUACAGAGAUGAAAAUGUACCACUGUUAUUUAAAGAAGACUUCACAAGCAAGGGAGAUGAUGGAUCCUCUUCAAAAGCAGCUAAAGAUAAUUACAUUUAUAUGGAUGCAAUGGGUUUUGGGAUGGGAUGUUGUUGUUUGCAACUUACUUUUCAGGCAUGUAACAUAGAAGAAGCAAGAACAUUGUACGAUCAACUGACACCUUUAUGUCCUAUCAUGUUGGCUUUAACCGCUGCCAGUCCGUUUUAUCGAGGUUAUAUAAGUGAUGUUGAUUGUCGAUGGAGCGUCAUAUCUUCGUCAGUAGACUGCAGGACGCAAGAAGAACGUGGAUUAAAACCCCUUAAAGAAAAUAAAUUUAGGAUUAGCAAGUCUAGAUACGAUUCUAUCGAUUCGUACCUUAGCGAACAAGGUGAAAAAUAUAACGAUGUCCCUUUGACGUAUGACGACGAGAUAUAUAAACAGCUUUUGGACAAUGGAAUUGAUCAUUUACUUGCGCAACACAUAGCUCAUCUGUUUAUCAGAGAUAGUGUUUCCUUAUUUUCCGAAAAAGUACAUCAGAACGAUUUGGAAGAUACUGAUCAUUUCGAAAAUAUACAGUCUACAAACUGGCAAACUAUGCGCUUUAAACCGCCACCACCAAACUCCUCUAUCGGUUGGCGUGUAGAAUUCCGUCCAUGUGAAGUUCAGAUUACAGACUUCGAAAAUGCCGCGAUAGUUUGUUUCACGGUACUAUUGACGAGAGUUAUUCUGAGUUAUAAGCUAAAUCUUUUAAUUCCGAUCAGCAAAGUGGAUCAAAAUAUGGUCAAGGCGCAGAAAAGAGAUGCAGUGAAAGUAGAGAAAUUUUGGUUUCGUCAUGAUAUUACUUCCGACAUAAAAUCUGAUAACACUCAAUCCGAGUACACAGAGUUUACAAUUAAUGAAAUUAUCAAUGGAAAGAAUGGCGUUUUUCCUGGUCUUGUGCCACUUGUAAACUCAUAUCUGGCUAAUAUGAAUGUAGACGCUGAUACACACUGCACUAUCCAAAGAUAUCUAAAAUUAAUACAAAAACGAGCUUCUGGUGAACUUUUAACAACUGCCGCUUGGCUGAGAAAAGAGGUCACUUCACAUCCUGAAUAUAAGCAUGAUGCUGUAAUAACACAGCGCAUCAAUUACGAUUUAUUAAGAAAAAUCCAAAGCAUCGUUUCCAAUGAUAUAUCGUGUCCAGAAUUACUUGGACAGUGUGUAUCAUCUAAAACUACCGAUACCAUACCUGCUGCUGUUGCUAAAGCAGAAAAGUGUUCAACAACAAAUUGUUAACGAUGACGAUAUCGAAGUAUUUCAGGUAAAUCUGUAAAUUUAUACUUUUGUAACAUUGUUACAUAUAUUUGAUGCCGUUAACCUACAUAUUUACAUAAAUACAUUUCUGCGUUAAUAUUUUUACAUAAUAGGAAAGAAACGAGAAUAGCGCAAAAUAUGAAGUUUCAUAGUUUUAUAUUUGUAAUUUUAUAUUCCAUUUGUUAUACAUGCUACAUUGCUUUUAUUUACUAAAUAUAAAUGUAUAAUAUGAUAUUUAUAAUUUUCAUAAUUUCUAACAAGCUCUAAAAAGUGGAAACAGUAUUGAGUAUAAAUAAUGUGUAGAAGAAAAUAUUAGUAUUGUUAUAAUGAUAAACCAAUGAACCUACAUUCCACAUAUUAUAUUUGUAUCUAAUUCGUUUGUAUCUUUCAAUACUAUUGUAUAUUCAAAAAUUUGCUAAUUGAAUAAAUAAGUUUAAUUAUA